AUGUACACAAAUGAUGACAGAUUUCAUGUAAUGCAUGCAGACAACGCAGAUAAUUGGGAUUUACAGAUCAAAUAUGUGCAAAAGAGGGAUGCUGGUUCAUAUGAAUGCCAGGUGGCGAUGGGAACGGGUAUUGCUUCGCAUUACUAUAACUUGGAUGUGAUCGUACCAACGGCUCGAAUUCUAGGAAGAGAAGAGUACCAUAUCGGAAAAGGAAGCACAAUAAAUCUUAUUUGCGUCAUUGAAAAUGUAAGUUUUAAUUUAUUAGAUUCUACUAUAAUGUAUAUAAAAAAGUUUUAA